CCGCCCGUAGGGGACCCCUCUGGCUCUCGGGGAUCACCCCGGAGCAUCUGCGUCCUCCGGGUGGGCCUCAUAAUCCACUGCUGGCUUCCUCCACCUGCUUUCAGCCAUGGCCAAUGAAAACUCUCCUUUGCUGGCCUACCGGCUCCUAGGGGAAGAUGGGGUUGCCUUCUCUGCUGAUGGGCCUGGAGGGCCUGGAGGUGAAUCUGCCAGGAAGCUUUCCACCUUCCUGGGUGUGGUAGUACCCACGGUUCUUUCCAUGUUCAGUAUAGUUGUCUUCCUGAGAAUUGGGUUCGUGGUGGGCCAUGCUGGGCUGCUGCAGGCUUUGGCCAUGCUCCUGGUUGCCUACUUCAUCCUGGCACUCACCGUCCUCUCUGUCUGUGCCAUUGCCACUAAUGGAGCUGUUCGGGGCGGCGGAGCUUAUUUCAUGAUCAGCCGGACGCUGGGGCCUGAGUUUGGAGGCAGCAUCGGCCUCAUGUUCUUCCUGGCUAACGUCUGUGGCUGUGCUGUCUCCCUGUUGGGACUGGUGGAGGCUGUGCUUGAUGUCUUCGGAGCUGAUGCCACAGGGGCCAGUGGGCUCCGAGUCCUGCCCCAGGGCUAUGGUUGGAGUUUGCUUUACGGAUCCCUGCUGCUGGGCCUGGUGGGCGGGGUCUGCACCCUGGGGGCAGGCCUCUAUGCCCGUGCCUCCUUCCUCACAUUCCUGCUGGUCUCUGGUUCCCUGGCCUCAGUGCUGGUCAGCUUUGUGGCUGUGGGGCCCAGGGUCAUCCAAUUGACCCCUCGGCCUGGCCCCAAUGGCUCCUCCCUGCCACCCCAGGUUGGCCACUUCACCGGCUUCAAUAGCAGCACCCUGAUGGCAAACUUGGGCGCCGGCUACGCCAAGGACUACACCACAGGGGCCGUGAUGACCUUUGCCAGCGUCUUUGCCGUCCUUUUUAAUGGCUGCACAGGCAUCAUGGCUGGCGCCAACAUGUCUGGAGAGCUGAAGGACCCCAGCCGGGCGAUUCCCCUGGGCACUAUUGUGGCUGUUGCCUACACGUUUUUUAUCUACAUUCUGCUUUUCUUCCUCUCCAGCUUCACCUGUGACAGGAUCCUGCUGCAGGAGGACUAUGGGUUCUUUCGUACCAUCAGCCUGUGGCCCCCACUGGUAUUGAUUGGCAUCUAUGCCACAGCACUCUCAGCCUCCAUGAGCUCCCUCAUUGGUGCCUCCCGCAUCCUCCACGCCCUGGCUCAGGACGACCUCUUUGGAGUGAUCUUGGCACCAGCCAAGGUGGUGUCCCGAGGGGGGAACCCCUGGGGGGCCGUGCUCUAUUCAUGGGGCCUAGUACAGUUGGUGCUCCUGGCUGGGAAGUUGAAUACCCUGGCUGCUGUGGCCACCGUCUUCUACUUGGUGGCCUAUGCUGCGGUGGACCUGUCCUGCCUGAGCCUGGAGUGGGCCUCGGCCCCCAACUUCCGCCCCACCUUCAAUCUGUUCUCCUGGCACACCUGCUUGCUGGGGGUAGCCUCCUGCCUGCUCAUGAUGUUUCUCAUCAGCCCUGGGGCCGCCGGCGGUUCCCUGCUGCUCAUGGGGCUGCUUUCUGCCUUGCUCACAGCCCGAGGUGGCCCCAGCAGCUGGGGCUAUGUCAGCCAGGCCUUGCUCUUCCACCAGGUGCGUAAAUACCUGCUCCGACUAGAUGUGCGGAAGGAGCAUGUGAAGUUCUGGCGACCUCAGUUGCUGCUCCUAGUGGGGAACCCCCGGGGUGCCCUGCCUCUGCUUCGGUUGGCCAACCAGCUCAAGAAGGGAGGCCUCUAUGUGCUGGGCCACGUCACCCUGGGAGACCUUGACUGCCUGCCCUCUGACCCCGUGCAGCCACAGUACGGGGCAUGGCUGAGCCUAGUGGACCGGGCCCAAGUGAAAGCCUUUGUGGACCUCACCCUCUCACCCUCUGUGCGUCAGGGAGCUCAACAUCUGCUGCGGAUCUCAGGCCUUGGUGGCAUGAAGCCCAACACAUUGGUCCUGGGUUUCUACGAUGAUGCUGUACCCCAGGAUCACUUCCUGACAGACCCGGCUUUCUCUGAACCUGCUGAUGGCACCCAGGAGGGCGGGUCCCCAGCCCUGAGUACUCUGUUCCCUCCACCCCGGGCUCCUGGGAGCCCCCGGGCUUUAAGUCCCCAGGACUACGUGGCCACAGUUGCGGACGCUCUCAAGAUGAACAAGAAUGUGGUUCUCGCACGGGCCUGUGGGGCCUUGCCCCCUGAGCGGCUGAGUCAGGGGUCCAGGGGCACCUCUCAGCCACAUCAUGUGGAUGUGUGGCCCCUCAACCUGCUGCGGCCCCGGGGUGGGCCUGGCUACGUGGAUGUGUGCGGCCUCUUCCUGCUACAGAUGGCAACCAUCUUGGGCAUGGUGCCUGCUUGGCACAGUGCCCGGCUCCGGAUCUUCUUGUGCCUGGGGCCUCGAGAGGCCCCUGGGGCGGCUGAGGGGCGGCUCCGGGCACUGCUGAGCCAGCUGAGGAUCCGGGCCCAGGUGCAGGAGGUGCUGUGGGGUGAUGGGGCUGGGUCCGGAGAGCCUGAGGAGGAGGAGGAAGGGGACUUCGUGAACGGCAGGCGGGGAGACUCUGAGGCAGAGGCCCUGGCAUGCAGUGCCAACGCCCUAGUUCGGGCCCAGCAGGGGCGUGGCAGAGGAGGAGGGCCUGGUGGGCCUGAGGGUGGGGAUGGCGAGGAGGGUCCCACCACAGCACUCACCUUCCUGUAUUUGCCACGGCCGCCUGCUGAUCCUGCCCGCUACCCCCACUACCUGGCACUGCUGGAGAUUCUGAGCCGAGAUCUGGGCCCUACACUGCUCAUUCAUGGUGUCACCCCCGUCACUUGCACUGAUCUCUGAUGCCUGUUCCUGAAGUAGAGUGUCCAAGUCUGGCAGCCCACCUUGAUUAGCAAAUGAGGAGAGGAAGGGCUGCCUCCGGCCUUCCCUGCACAUGGGACGUAGAGCCAGGUAGAGGUAUUAGGGGACCCCGGGCUAGGGCAUCGCUAGAUCUCUAGGAGAGGGGCCUCGGUGCGCUAAUUAAUGCGUGGUCGCAGCUGUCCCUGCCAGGCCAGGGGAGGGAGUCAGCGCUGCCCCCUUUCCCUUCACUGGUGCCUUGAUGGGGGCUGGGUCUCUGUGAGUCUAGGCUACCUCAGUCUCCCCCUCACCUGACUGACUCAUUGACCCCUGAGGUUGUAAUGUUUUUGUUCUGUUUUACUUUUCUAACUGCUGAACGUCAA